AUGCGCACUUCCGUUCCAGACGUCUACGCUUGCGGUGAUGUAUGCAGCGUAACAUGGAGUGCACCGUCAGAGUACUGGAAGCAAAUGCGACUUUGGACACAAGCGCGACAGAUGGGUGACUAUUGUGCUAGGUCUAUGAUGUCGAAUGGAGAUGUUGAAAAAGAUUUCUGUUUCGAGUUGUUCACUCACACUACUUCGUUUUUUGGCUUCAAGGUGAUUUUUCUGGGCGAUUUCAAGGGUGAGCGACAACCUGAAGGAUGGUAUACGAUCGCAAAUGGUAAGACUGAAACCAUUGAGAAUCUUAUCCUGAAUAAAACCGACCUCGAAAGGAUAGAAGAAAACUUCCUCGACCCUCAAAUCGAUAUCGAAGAUUAUUUCGAUUAG